AUGUCUGCAGACAAAAACUCGUCCCUUUAUGGGCAGCGUCGCCAGAAGACCCAGUCUAACGAAACAACAUCCUCUAACCUGGCCUUUGCGUCCCAACUCUCUUCACUCAUCUCACAAGAUUCCAACUCCAGCUCCAAACAGGGUCGUCAGCGCCCUUCCAAGAACCCAAAGUCAGACAUAUUUUCGAAGCACAACAAAGGAUCCCUCAAAAGAGCCGCAGCUGACCUCGCGGAUGACAAUCGGGCACUGAAGCAGGUCCACAAAAGCAGCAAGGACCUCGAUGAUGUCGACGCCAGCACUCUGGGCCGAUCCCGUCGCCGGAUGGACGAGAAAGCGCGGAUAUACGAUGAUAUGAAAAAAGGGCAUCAUCUCGCCGAUGACAGUGACGAUGAUGAGCAGUACGAUGCAUCCAAGCCGGAAGAUUACCUUGCGCGACUGCGGCGCAAAGAAAGAGAAGGACUAGUGGACUUCGAUCGCAAGCACGCAGAUGAAGAAGAGAAUAAACAAGAUCUAUCGGAUGAUGACAAUGCCUCGAUAAUUUCUUACGAAGACGAAUUUGGCCGAACGCGUCGUGGAACGCGUGCCGAAGCCGCGGAAGCUUCCAAUGCUAUUGAUGAGGCGAAUGGUGGGAGAGUUGGCAAGGAACGUUGGCGACCUGCCCGUCCUGAGAAUCUUAUCUAUGGAGCUGCUGUUCAAGCUGAAGCUUUUAACCCCGAUGCUACCAUCACGUCACACAUGUCUCAUCUUGCUGCUCGCCGUGACCGUUCCGCUACACCGCCUGAGCAGAAGCAUUAUGAUGCUGAAUGGGAAGUACGGAACCGUGGAACUGGAUUUUAUGCUUUCUCGACCGAUGAGAAGGAUCGUGCUCAACAGAUGGAGGAGCUCUCUCGGGUUCGAGAGGAAACCUUGAACAAGCGCAGAUCGAACAAGGAACGGCUGGAGCGGCGUGAGGCUAAAAUCAAGUGGAGACUAGAGAAAAUUGCGGAGUUGAAGAACAGGAAGAUGGCCGCUCAAUUCAUGACGGAGCUUGAGAAAACUAUCAUUCCUACCCAGAAAGGCGAGCAGACCGACAGCACUGAACAGGCCGACAACGCUGCACUGGGAAAUGCCGAAUAG